GUGUUUAUGGGUGAUGGGUUGUGCUCCGUGUGGACUCGAGGCACUUUACAGUCACACCUACUCUCGCUGGAAAGGAGAAAAGUCGGAUCAGCUUCACUCACAGUCUGCAGCCCUGAAGUUUGCCGAAGAGUUCAGUUUAUUCCUGCUACCGACCCGUGAAACCUGAGUAUAAAGAAGUUUAUGUCUUUAUGUCAUAAAGAUUGCCUACUGUCACAAGAUUGAUAAUGUGUGCUUCAAUGAGAGAGAAUUUGGAGCAGGCACGUAGUAUGUAAUCACAAGAACAAAUAGAUAUCCAUCCAUCCAUCUUCCUAACCUGCUUAUCCAGGGCAGAGUUGCAGGGCAGCUGGAGCCUAUCCCAGUAAGCAUCGGGCGCAAGGCAGAACCAUUCCCUGGAUGGGGCGUCAGUUCAUCGCUGGGUUCUAAAAUGAAUGAAGCAAUUGAAAAUCUUACACUGGAAAUGAUCAAAGAUGCCAGGAAAUUAAUUAAAGAGAGUCCACUAGGAGUUAUUAACACUCAACUGGUACCAUGGACUCAAACCUCAUUACAUAUGGACAUAUCCUGUAAUCUUUACUUAAAGCUGGAAAACAUGCAAAAGACAGGUUCUUUCAAGAUAAGAGGAGUGACAAAUCAGCUGGUUAAAAAAACAAAGGGUGAAAAAUUUGUCACAAUGUCCGCUGGAAAUUAUGGAAAAUCAUUUGCUUAUGCUUUAAAUCAUCAUGGGUUUCAAGGCAAAGUACUGAUGCCAGAUACUGCCCCUCCGACAAGAUCAGCUAUAAUAACUAAAUUUGGAAUCGAAGUGGAACGUAUGCCCAGUAGAUUAUUGAUGUCUGGAGUAGAGCGAUGCAUAGCAGAGAGUAAUAUGACAUUUCUGCAUUCAUUUGAUGAUUUAGAUCUGAUUGCUGGAUAUGGGAGUAUUGGUCUAGAAAUUCUGGAUGUCAUUCCUAGCCCAGAUGUUAUACUUGUGUGUUGUGGAGGUGGAGGACUACUUUCCGGUGUAGCUGCUGCUAUAAAACUUUCAAAUUGCAGCAACACAAGAGUGUAUGGUGUGGAGCCAGAAGGAGCCUGUACCAUGCAUAAAAGUUUUAUUGAGAAGAGGCCUGUUUCAUUAAAUGCAAAAAGCAUUGCAGUUGGACUGGCACCACCUUUUGCAGGAACAAUGACAUUUGCAAUUUGCCAGAGAUAUGUAGAAGACAUCUUACUUGUCACAGAUGAAGAAAUUAUGAGAGCUGUAUCAAUUCUCUAUAAUGCUGGACUUGUUGUAGAACCUUCUGGGGCAGCAGCAUUUGCAGCACUGACAGAGAACAAGGUUCCAGAUAUCAGUGGGAAGACCAUAGUAGUAAUAUUAAGUGGGGGUAAUAUCAGUAAGCAGGAACUGAGUACUUUCCCUGAUUACACUGCCAUCUAGCACCUAAUACUAAUAAUUCAUCUAGGUAAGAGAAAUCUACAACCAAGCAGAAUAUGCAGCUCAAGGCUAAUCUUUAUAUUAUUACCAGAACAAAUUAGAAAUGUUCCAGUCUUUAUAAUCAUGUUACAUUAUUUUUCUGUGAAUCAUCAGUAGGCAGAGUUAAAGUGCAUUAAGUUAACUGGCGUGGUAACAAGUGUAUAAUAAUAAUCACUAUGAUUUGAUUGUAUUAAAAAAAUCAUGCAGUAAGUAGUGUGGUCACCAGGGGUUACACCAGCUCCCCAAACCUGAUACAAGCAGAUACCAGGCACACAUCCAGCAACACACACCUUUUUACUUUGAUGUGGGAACCAUUUCCCACCAGUGCACAGUACAAUAAAGCACACAACACUU